AUGAGUAGUUUUAGUAGAAGUGUUUCCUUUAAGCAGAGGGCUGCAAGUAUUAACAGCCCCAGAUUUUGUAGGAAGACUUGGGUUCCUCGCCUGUUUUGUGCACUAAUUGUGAUUGGUUCUUUAGUUUCCUUUUUCUUUGUUAUUGGUUGUGGGUACUUAUAUGUCCUACCGAAUCUUACCCAUACGUUCCAUGACCACGAGGACAGAUUUUCCAACUUCAGUGGUUCAGAAGAUACAUGUGAUGUAUUUGAUGGGAAUUGGGUACUGGAUGAUAGUUACCCCUUGUACAAUGCGUCGGAAUGCCCUUUUGUAGAGCAAGGAUUCAACUGCCUGGACAAUGGUCGAACGGAUAAUGAUUAUAUAAAAUGGAUGUGGAAGCCAAAGAAUUGUGUUAUUCCGAGAGUUAAUGUGCAGCGUGUUUUGGAAAUACUCCGAAAUAAAAGAGUUGUUUUUGUUGGUGAUUCGAUGAGUAGAACACAGUGGGAGUCUUUAAUAUGUUUACUAAUGACUGGUCUGGAAGAUAAGAAUAGUGUGUAUGAAGUCAAUGGGAACAAGAUCACGAAACAAAUUAGAUUUUUAGGCGUAAGGUUCAGUUCCUUUAACUUCACUAUCGAGUUCUACCGAUCAGUUUUCCUUGUGCAACACUACUGGGCACCUAAACAUGUACCAAGGAGAGUUAGAUCAACACUUAAGUUGGACAAAUUGGAUGAUAUCAGUAGGGAGUGGAUUGAUUCAGAUGUUCUUAUUUUCAAUUCUGGUCAAUGGUGGGUUCCAGGGAAGAUCUUUGGAAUGGGAUGCUAUUUUCAAGUUGGUAAUUCACUAAAGCUUGGAAUGCCAAUUGCCUCUGCCUUCAGAACGGCAUUAAGCACUUGGUCUUCAUGGGUCGAGAGCGUGAUAAAUCCGAAAAGAACACGGGUCUUCUUCCGAACUUUUGAGCCUUCUCACUGGAGGAAUCUCACUCUGAGGCAAUGCAAUGUCACGAAAUUUCCGCUUUUAGAAGCCGGGGGAAAAGAUAGUAGUCCAUUUUCAAAUGUAGUAUUCGAGGUGGUAAACAAUAUGACAGUUCCUGUUACUGUUUUGCAUAUAACUCCGAUGUCGGCAUUUCGAAGUGAUGCACAUGUGGGUACUUGGAGUGACAGGCCAUCUUUAUCUGAUUGUAGCCACUGGUGUCUACCCGGAGUACCUGAUAUAUGGAACGAGAUGGUCAUUUCAUAUCUGCUUGGUAGCAAUGAAACUGCUUCUACGAGUGCAAGCACAGGAUUCAAGAAUCUACUUGCACUUCUAAAAGCCUACUGUCUUGCACAGAAGUGGCAAGAGCCGGAGUAUGCAAAAGGUUUACUUGGAUGCGCCAGAAGAUUCCCAUCCAUUUGUUCAAUAGCUCAUGAAAUGAAGCGAAGGAAUAACGAAGUACCUAGGAAUUCCAGAGGUUUGCAGGGUGAGAGCCCAAACUGGGUCCUUAUUGCAGGCGGUGCUCUGUUGAGUACAUUGUCAAUUCGCCUGGGUUAUAAGCUGAAGCAGGUCCUUGACGCCAAACAACCUGAAACUAGUAGCAACCUUUUAAAAGGAAAUGGAAAAUCUACUGACAAGAAGUCAAGGAACAGCCAUUUGCAUUCAAAUUCUUAUUAUUUUCCUCGAGAUGGGAAUGGUUGCCACAAUUGUUAUUCAGGAUCUGGAAACGCGGUGGAAAUCAAACAACAGUGCAAUGGCCAAAUAGUUACCGAACCUGAAAUAGCACUUCCUUUAGUCGCUGUGCCUGCUUCUGAGUUUAGCAAAGAGAAUGGUGCGAUCUGGGCAUCUUCUCCUGAUCGUCUUGAGCUGCUUCAGAAGCCAUUCCACCGGUCAAACAGCUCAGAUUCGCCAUGUGUCUCAGAAUCUGGUUCUGAUAUUUUCAGCAAGCGAGAAGUGAUACAAAAGUUGAGACAGCAGUUAAAGAGAAGAGAUGACAUGAUAUUGGAAAUGCAGGAUCAAAUUACUGAACUUCAGAACUCUGUUAGUGCUCAGCUUUCGCAUUCUUCCCUUCUCCAAUCGCAGCUGGAUGCUGCUAACAGGGAUAUAUUCGAUUCAGAGGGGGAAAUACAGAGAUUAAGAAAGGCAAUUGCUGAUCAUUGCAUGGAGCAUGUGAAUUCUAGUGACAAUUCCCCUACGGUUCCUGCAUGGCCUACCGGAGGCAGGAAUGGCCAUUCAAAUGGAUAUCUUAAAGUUGAAAGUAAUUUGGAGUCCUCGGAAAAAGGGGGAGGAGAUGACGGAAAAGUUGAGAUGCUGAGACGGGAAGUGAGUGAGUUAAAGGAAAUGAUAGAGGGAAAAGAAUACUUGUUGCAGAGCUACAAGGAGCAAAAGGCUGAGCUAUCAGAAAAGAUCAAAGAAUUGCAGCAGAGAUUGGAUUCGCAACUUCCACAUUUUUUGUAG